AUGGAUAGACUGAAUAAAAGGGAACGAAAAUUACCCCGAAUCACGGUUGAGUUCCGAAACCGGAACGAUCAUAUUCUUCAGCAAAUUACCCCUUGUUCUCCUCGUCGCCACCCUGGGAACAUCAAUGGAUUAACCGCUGCAUACGUAUACUACCCGAAUCAGCAGGCUACUGUCCAAGUCGGAAACGGAAAUCAGCAGGCUACUAUCCAAAGCGGAAUCGGCAAUCUGCAGAUUACUGUACAACAGGGGUUGAGUAACAUGCAGUCUGCUAUACAACAAGGGUCUGGAAACCUGCAGCCUACUAUACCUACAUCGGGAUUCUUCAACCAGAUCCCUUCUAUGCCGUAUGGAUCCGUAGGAUAUCCUCCUAUGCCGAAUGGAUAUCCCUACUCACUGUACCCUACCUAUUAUACACCGUACGGAAUCAACAACCAACCAUGGCCUCUACAGAUCGGAGCCAACAACCAACAAGGAAAUAUGCAAGAAGGAUCCUUCAAUCGACAAACGAAUAUUCAACGAGGAUCUAGCAACCAGCAAGGGAGUAAACAAAAAGGAAACAACAUCGAUCAACAGAAUCCACAAGACGGAAUUGGCAAUCAGCAAGCAAAUAUGCAAGAAGGAUAUAACAAUCAACAAGUUAAUGACCAACAAGGAUUUGACAUUGUGAGAUACCUCAACCAAUUAAACGCGCUCUACGGACAUCUCAACCAGCAAUGUGUCACUCCAAACGGAUAUCUCGUCCUGCAAGCGAUCACGUCGAGUGCAUACCCCUCCCAGCAUUAUGUCGCUAUGAGUGGAAACCCUGCUCAACGAUUUAUUACAUUACAGGGCUAUCCUACCCAGUAA